GAGAAGAUACAAUCUCGAAUUUUUCAAACGGAUCGGAUCUGUGUAACGGAUAAGAAAUUUGAAGUUCGUAGAGCAUUAUUUAGUGCAAAGGAAGCGUUUUACGGAUUACCGGAGUUUAUGGUGAAGUGCCGCAUUGUGGGUGAGCUUGAGUGAAGAGAAGGAAAUAGAAGAUAAUGAAAUAGUCGAAAGUAGUGAAAAUGAGUUAAUUUUACCACUUGGCUAAGUGCAAUUCGUCCUUGGAAUAUUACAUUUUCCAGUCGUGAAAGUUUGAAUUUUCUCGUGGUUUGAUUGAGGUUGAGCCAUGGAUUAGGAAUGCGAUGAAUUAAGACAAUAUAUAACUCUACAAAGUAGGGGGGUUUCUCAAUCGUGCCUAGUGAGCUAUUAGAACUACCGGCAAAUUCGACAGACGAAUACCAAGCAAAUAGCUCACCUUACAUGUGAACACACAGAUGAGUGAUGACCAAUUUUGAGAAUCCGUUGAAAAGACUGGCCGGUAUGGGGUACGGAGCGAGUGCAGAUCAAGUCAAGGAGUUCGUCUUAUACCGCUACUGGGAGUGCUUGAGACAGAAUGAAACUGUCCACAAUAUGACCUUAAAUGAGAGCCAAGAAAAUGCCGACGAGCGCUUUUGUCCGGUUAUCUUUGAUGCCCUUCUGUGCUGGCCAAGAACACCAGCUGGAACUGUCGUCAAGCAGCACUGCCCGGAUUUCGUUGAAGGGUACAAUAAGAAUUUCUUCGCCCAUAAAACAUGUCUUCCGGAUGGGACGUGGUAUCGACAUCCUGAAACGCACAUUCCAUGGACCAACUAUACACGUUGUGUGGACAUGCAAGACUUAGAGUUUCGACAAGUCGUGAAUGAAUUAUACGUGAAAGGUUAUAUUGUAUCCUUGAUUACGCUGAUUAUAUCGUUAGGAAUCUUUUUAGGAUUUAAGUCAUUACGUUGCACACGGAUAAGGAUUCACAUUCACCUCUUUUCAUCGCUUGCUCUGAACUGCAUAGCAUGGAUUUUAUGGUACAAGUUAAUAGUGGAAGUUCCAGAAAAUAUACGGACCAAUCCGACAUGGUGCAUCGGCUUACAUCUGCUGCUACACUAUCUAAUGCUCGCAAAUUAUUUCUGGAUGUUCUGUGAAGGCCUUCAUCUACAUCUCGUCCUCGUUGUGGUUUUUGUAAAGGAUAACGUUGUGAUGAAAUGUUUCACUGUCCUUGGUUGGAUUACUCCUUUAGUUUUCGUUGCAAUUUAUGGAGUGGCCCGAGCCUAUCAUCCAACAGAUGCCGCACAUUGCUGGAUGGAAGACAGCGAACUGAUGUGGCUGCUCACAGCUCCUGUUUGCAUAUCAUUAAUAGCAUCAUGCAUUUUCCUAAUAAAUGUAGUACGAGUGCUAGUGAAGAAACUUCAUCCUUGCUCAGCCCAGCCAGCUCAAUUAGCAAUUCGAAAAGCUGUCAGAGCAACUAUAAUACUUGUUCCGUUGUUUGGACUGCAGCAUCUCCUGCUACCAUUCAGACCUGACCAUGGUACAGACCUGGAAAGGAUAUAUCAACUAGCGUCGGCAGUCCUAAUAAGCUUACAGGGAUUCUGUGUUUCGAGCCUAUUUUGCUUCGCCAAUCAUGAUGUAGUUUUCACAAUCCGUAGUGCUCUAAGCCGAUUCAUUCCUAAUGUCGUUCCACCAGUACCUGGUGGCAGUAACACUGGGCAACUAGCAACAUUAAGCAGAGAUAUUGGAGUCUAAGUGCGUGGUCAAAAAUCAAUCGUAAAACUUAUUUUAUGUACAAAUUUUUAAUACGGUAUUAAAUUUUGUAAAAGAGAAUACCCAAUGAUAGAAUUAGGUAUUAUACGAUAAAAUAUUAUUCUAUGACAUAUGAGAAAAAUAUACUUAAGCUUA